CCACUGAUAAAACGUCAACGCCGCCGCCGGUUGAUAACUGAUAAGCGUUCCAUGCAGCGCGCAGGGGACCUUAAUUUUGAAAAAUUCCCGAACUUCCCGGUAAGCGAUGUCCAGUUGCUGCGUAGCUUUUUUUAAGAGAUCCUACGCCACCAAAACGAAAUUGACUACCAUUUUCAAUGAAGAUGUACGUCAGAUGGUAUUACGUGAAGAAAUCAAAGCUAGGAAACAUCCUGGAAGAUGUUCCCUUAACGCCAAACCUUUUCCAGAUGACUUGACUAAUACUGUCCUAAAAACUAUUAAAGCCGGUGGACAAUUGAAAAAUGUGAUGAGUGAUGGGCAGCUACUAUUAAACUAUCUGUAUAGCAGACACAGUCCUGUAGAACAAAGUGAAUUAAUGGAUAAAAAGCAGCAAAACAGAGUUGAAUUGGUAAAAAAAUAUUACAGUGAAAACAUGACUGAAGAGCAACAAAUAAAAUUUGAAAAAUUCAUAAACAAUCGUGUAGAAAGACUUGUUGCGCAAAGGACAUACAAUUGGAGACCAAUUGAUUACAAUAAUAAACAUGUAUGCCAUCAGUAUCUGCUGUCUCGUAUUGCUCCAGAAUAUAAUGUUGUGAAAACAAUAUUUAGUGAAUUACAACAGAGAGAUCCAAAUUUUACACCAGAGUCCCUUUUUGAUUUUGGUUCUGGUAUUGGUACAGUUACCUUAAAUGCAAAAAAAUUCUGGGGAAACUCAUUAAAAGAAUAUUAUUGUGUGGACACUUCAUCGACUAUGAAUGAUCUGGCAAAACUUAUUUUGCAAGAGGGUAAUCCAAAUAAUGAGGAUAUAUUGCCUAAAGGCCUGUUUUACAGACAAUUUUUACCAGCUUCACCAAACUUGAAGUUUGAUCUUGUCGUAUCUGCUUAUACCAUGUUUGAACUACCAGAUAUUAAAACUCGGUUUGAGACACUUUUAAAUUUAUGGAACAAGACUAAAAAGUAUAUUGUACUCAUUGAGAUUGGAACGAGGGCUGGAUUCAGUUUGAUAAAUGAAGCCAGAGACCUUCUUCUAGAAGUAUCUUCACAAAACAAUACAAAAAGUCAUGUAUUUUCACCAUGUCCUCACGAACAUUCUUGUCCGCGUUAUGAUACUGAUGACACACCUUGUAAUUUUGAAGUGUCUUAUUUUACACCAAAGAUAGCUCAACAAUCUGUUAUCAAACGAGAACAUUUUUCAUAUGUUAUCAUAAAAAAAGGAGAGAGGCCAAAAACAGACGAACAGUGGCCACGUAUAGUGAGACCAGUUUUAGUACGUUCAAAGCAUUCCAUCUGUCGAAUGUGCACAAGCAGUGGUAAACUGCAAGAAAUUAUAUUCACUGCUUCCAAAAACGGAAAGAUUCCUUAUUGGUGUGCACGAUCAAGUAAAUGGGGCGAUAGAUUACCAAUAGUGAUCAAAGAAGAAAAUGAAGUAGAAGAAGAUGAAGUCAAGUCUGAACAAAAUUAAUUUUAUUGUACAAAAUAACAAAUAUCUAAUUUCAAAUUUUCUAAGACUGUAUAUUUUGAGGUAAUAACACCGAAAGCACAGCCUCUUUGUAUUUAUUCAAAGUGUAUGUAUCUUCGCCUAUAAAAUAAGAUUUUUUAUUAAAUGUGUUCUACCUUUUGAAUAAAUGUUAGUUUUACCAUUGUUUAA